UAUCUUGCGUCGGUUCGGGCGAUGGCGGACGCAGCCAAGGCCACGUAUGAGGACAAGUACCUGGACCUGCGCGAAGAGAACUUGGCGCUGAAGCGCAAGAAGAACGAGCAGGAGGCGACCAUCAAGCGCAUGUACACCAAGCUCGCGAUGAUCGAGGAGACGCUCAAGCGCAAGGAGCGCGAGGCCAGCCCCGAAGCCACAUCGCCAACCAAAGCCCACGGGAAGCGCGACUUGGACACGGAGCGCUUUGUCGACGAGCUCAAGCGCGAGAAUGCAGCGCUGCGCAAGAAGGCACAGCUCUCGACCGAGGCGACGCGACAGCUCAAGGGCCAACUCACGCUGCUCAAGACCAAGCACCCGGCGCGUACGAAGAAGGACGAGGUAUCGACGCCGACGGCGAGUCGUGCCCACGCCCCGACCGCGCCUUUGGAGAGCUACGCGCAUUUAGCCCGCGACAUGCACCGCGAGAAAGCGAGCCGGAACCCGGAGCUCGAAGACGCGUUGAAAGCACGGCUAGUGACCGCCGAGCGCCGUUUGCUCCAACUCCAGCAAGAAAACGAAGCGCUCAAGCGCGCCGCCGACGACCACGACGACCACGGCGACAACAACCUUCGGCAUCGGUCCCAUUUGGGCUCGGUCGAAGUCGAGCAGCUCCAGCGCGAGCUGCGCGAUCGCCAAGCCCAGCUCGUGAUCUUGAACGCUCGCUUUGACAACCUCGAGUCCAAAGCCGUGGCGGAGCGCGAGAUCCAGGAAAAGACACUCGAACAAAUGGAGAGCUUCAACCGGGUCAUUCACCGGCUUCGCGCCGAGCUGCAGGACGCGCAGAUGGCCAAAGAGCAGCUCGAGAAGCGCGCGGCCAAGACAAAGGACCUCAAAGACGAAGUCGCAAUGCUCCAAGACCAAAAUGCCAAGUUGGAAGAGCGCAUGACGUCGCUCUGUGAGAGUCCGUUCAUCAACGAUGCGUUUCAGCGCAAAGAGCGCAUCGACAAGAUCGUCGAGCUCGAAAAACAAAAUAUGAUGCUGAAAAAGGCCAACGAAACGCUGCAGGCGGACGCUGCCAAGCACGUGGCCGCGAUCCAAGAGCUCCAGAGCAACGUUCGGCUCACCAAGCAAGCCAAAGAAGCGCUCGAGCAAGACGUCCUUCGGCUCAAGAAGGAGCUCGACGAAGAGCGCAAUCGGCAGCAGUUCCAGCGCCAUCAACCGACCACGAUUCUCAUCGAGGCGCCGCCACAAGUCGCCGCCGUUGCACCCGCCCAUACUCCGUCCAAAGACGCGAGUCCCAUCAAGGUGUCGGUGCAAACCGAGACGUUUGAGCUUCCGCCGCCGUUAUCGCUGCCGUCCAAGACAGAGGGCAUGCCGGUGACCGCCCGUCGUAUGCUUGACGAUGCCGCCAACAAGGAGCUGUUUAGCCCCUUACAGACCGACCGCGAUAGCAGCGUGCAUGUGCUCAAGCAGAAGGUCCACACGCUCCAGAUCGCGCACCUCUCGUCAACGCAGGAGCUCGAGCGCUGUGAAAAGAUGCUGCAGGCACAAACGAGCAUCAACCGAGAGCUCAGCCUCGAGAUUGAGGACCUCGUGUCGCGUAAGGACGCAUCGCAUGGCGCGCUUCUCAAGAAGAUCUCGACGCUCGAGCUCUUGACCGAGCAGCGUCUCAAGAAGAUCGCGGUGCUUGAAGCGCAGAUUCGGCAACUCAAGUACCUCGCAGCGCACCCUUCGACGUCGCGUUGCAACGACGACAACUUGUCUUUACCUGAGAUCGAUGGGAUUGGAGGUGAAGAACAGGUUGACGAAGGGUGUGUCGUGGCAGGCGCCGAUGAACUCGACCAAGGCGACAACCUCUUGGAGAUUUGGGUCGUCUCGGCGCAUUUCGAGCCAAAGUACGUGCAUGGCACGAGCUGUACGUUCGUGCUCUGCGAUUUCUACGAUUUCGAGUCGCAACCGACCGCGCUCUUGACGGGCAGCGACCCCGUGUACAACUUUGCCACAUCGUACAAGGUGACGGCCGAUGCGUUUUUCCUACGGUACCUUGCCUCCGAUCAGCUCGCGCUUGAAGUCCACCAAGCCAUCCAAGGGGACUUUCAUGUCGUCGGGCGCACCGCACUGCCCUUGCGCCCGCUGCUCGCGAGUCGAGGGGUCUUACGCGACACGAGUGUACCGAUUCGCCAUACGACAACCAACGCCAUCAUUGGCACCAUGAACCUCGUCCUCCGCAUGGCGAUUCCAGUCUCGGAAACGUGGCAGCUGCAUCUGCAAGCGCAUCCCGCUGAUCAUGCUUUCUUGGGCGACACGCCGAAUCAAAACCUCGAAAGUGCGCUUGUUCUGCAAGACGCAGUGAGUCACCUCGGGCCGCUCAACGACCUCGAGAUUGCCAUUGUCGCGGGGCGCAAGCUCUACACCGCGUCGGGGCGCCCACCGAGUGCAUAUGUCCACUACCAACUGCUCGGGUUUCCAGACGUCUUUACGGACAUUGCGCCCCACACGGCGACGCCGUCGUUUGAGCACAGCACGCAUCGCUUCUCUGUCUCGGUCGAUAUGUGCCUCAAGCAGUUCUUCAAGACCGUAUCGCUGGCCCUUACGCUCUUUGACGACAACGACACGAAUGCUACUAGUGACGAGUCGAGUGGCGGCGUCCUCGGGACCUGCAAUGUGCCGCUAAAAGCACUGGCGUCGGGAGACGCGAUCAGCGGGUGGUUUGCGGUCCUCGAUCCUUGCGGUGUCUCAGCUGGCGAGCUCCUCCUCACGCUGCAGUGGAAGCACCCGUUCCAAGUGCUCACCGAGCUCGGCGUCGCCCCUGCGAAUGCCAACGCGCUCACACUGCAGGAUGUGCACGACCUCAUGGGGCAUUUCUCAUUUUUGCAAGACGGCCGCGUGUGCUACAAGUCGUUUUUGAUCUACGCCCACGCGAGUCUCUACGUCUCACCAGCGUUUCUCGAGAUGCUCGAGUGGUUCCACUCGGCCCUUCGACACCUCAUGCACGAAGCCCACGCCCAUGAUGUGCCGAUCAACAAGUUUUUGGCGCUCGAGCCCAAGCUCCUCACACAAGACGCCUUUGUGCAGCGCUGCAAAGCUCGGAAUUUGAUCGUGACGCCAAACUACGUCACGCUCUUGGCGUCCGUCUUGGGAAACCCGAAUGGCUUCUUCCACGCGUCCGAGCUCGCGCUGCACUUGGAGCCGUCGCCGUUGUGCCAGGCGCGCUUUGUCGCACAAAAGAUUCGUGACACGAUCCGGCUUUUCGAGCGCCAAGAGAAGCCGAGCGCGCUGCUUCGGCCGUUCGAGCGCUACGAUCCAACGCAGUGCCAGUACGUGAGCCGCGCCGAGUUCAAGCGGGGGCUGGGCGUGCUGGGGUUUCACAUUUACGACCCACAGCAAGUCGAAGCGUCAAACGAGCUGCACGACGAGGCAGCGAGCUCGCUCAAAUUGCCGGCUUCCACCGCUUCUGCACCGGACGAUGGCAAGGACGAGGAAGUGCUCCAGCCCAAAACCGCAUACUCGAGCCGCACCAAAUCACAUGUGGCAACGACAGAGUUUGAACAGCGAAAAGCGGCCUUCCAAGAACGGAUGAAGACGGCCGCGGCCGCCAGCCAGCAGUCGUUUGUGCUGGAUGCGCCGACGCUUCCAUCGACGGACGUCGCCGCGCGGUCGAUCCAGCGCCAGUUUCGCCGGACGCGGGAGCCGGCACCUCGUGCUAUAGUGGCGCCGCCUGUCGCGGACGUGACGCGCUGCACCAUCGUCGACGUUGAAGUGUUUGUCAGUGGGCACAUGGAGCUGCACGAAAGCGUGACGAGCCAAUGGAUUCAGCUGUGCACGAGUCUGGAUUCUGCGCAUGCCGGCGUGCUCUCCAAGAAGCAGAUGCUGCACGUCCUCCACCAGCCGCCGGGCGUCUUGGCGCUCAAGCCCGAGCACGUUGGUUGCCUCUUGGGGUACUUUACGACGCCGGGGGCGCGCCGCAUUGCGUAUGCGCCCCUGAUUCACUUUUUGCGAACGUGUGCGAGCGCCGUGCAACAGACGCCGCCAUUGCUGAAGCUCCUGCAGACGCUGCUUCUCGAGGAAGCCGAGUACGCUUUGUUUGUGGACGCUGACAGCACCAACACGGGCGUGCUGUCGUACGCCACUUUUAGCGACCUUCUGCGUCACGUGUGCACCGUCCUUUCGAGCACGCAAGCCAAGCUCAUCAUGCAGCUCUUUGACGUGAGUGGGUUUGGCGUCGACUACCGCGCGUUCUUCCAGUACGUCCUCGCGCUGCCGCACAACGUUCAGCUGCAAAAGAUCAAAGUCCGCCUUCACCGCCUCAGUACGCCCGUGCUGCAAACCAUCAAGCUGGCGCUGGCCCAAGCCCGCCCGAGUGACACCUUUACAAAGCUGCAGCUGGCGACGCUAUGGAAGCAAGCCAACGUCGUCGACUUCUCGUGGUCCGACCAAGCACUCUUGUGGCAGUACGUGGACAAGCACCAGGUCGGCAGCAUUGGUGCAGGCACGCUCUGGGGGCUCUUCACGCCCCCCCCGCCCACGUCCCGACCCACUACGUUCGAGCACUUGGACCUCAAUACGUUGCAACACCUCGCGUGGAACGCGCGGCGGCUUGUUGUCCAAGACGCGACGCUGCUGUUGCAAGCGUUUGGCCGCUACGACUGGCGCAAGCUCGGGUGCAUUGGCGCGGACGAGUUUGCCGCCGUGCUCCUCCGGUCGGGCUUUGUCUUGCCAUCGCCCGCCGUGCACAACGUGCUCAUACCCCAAUUUUACACCCACGGCAAGGUCCAGUACCGUGCCUUUGUCGAGUGGAGUCACGUGCCGAGCGUGAGUCUCCGAGGGAUCGAGGCGCGGCUUCAAGCGCUGGCCCAAGAGCGCGCACGCACCGAGAAUGUUGCUGUCUCGAGUAUCCUCUCCCAGUGGCUCUCAGCCUUCUCGCCACCCGUGUCCCGCGCGGCGUUCGCGUCGACGGUGCUCGAGACGUUGGCGCUACCGCUCUCCACUGAAGAUGUCCGCGUGCUGCUUAAGGCGCUGGACCCCGAUCUCGUCGAUGUCGUCGACCACACGCGCUUUGUGAGCAUGGACUCGGGCGCCCCCGUCGAGCCCAAGCCUGUCGACGUGCCCAUGCUUCUCUCCGUCCUGCGCUCGAUCGUGCAGUUGCAACGAAGCAAGGUCGUCGCGACGUUCGAAGCCUACGACGGGCGCGAUGCGGGCCUCGUCGAGCCCGAUAUCUUCACCCUCUGCUGGCGGAAGCUCGGCGUCGACUUGAGCAGCGACGAUGUUCAUGCGAUCUACGCGGCCCACGCCAAGGACCGCCACACGCUCGAGUAUCGAAAGUUCUUGAAGCACGUGCUCCUGGCGCCCGAGACGAAGGCGGCAUCGCCGCCAGAUACGCAGGAAAAGCACCACCGCCUCCUUGUCACAGCGCUCCAAGACGCGGCGUCGGCGGCGGACCCUACCCUCUGGCGCGACUGGAUUGCCAACCUGAACGACUACAUGACCCAAAAAGGCAAGACGGAUGCCCCGCCGCUCAAAGUACCAGCGGUACUCGCAAAGACACUACCGUCACCAAACUUGAUCGCGCUCGACCGGCUGCGGCCGCUGCUUCCUGCGCUUGUCAACGUCAAGACGGGACGCGUGUCCCUACAGGCGGUGAUGUCGCUCCUCGAGCAGGUAGCUCGGCCGAUCGCGAAACCAUCCACGCCCGAGGCGCCGGCCGCCCAAGGACGUAGCACAGAGCUCCAGCGCAGCCUGCACGUGCUGACACUCUUGAUUCAAAACAGCGUAGCAAGAGGCGUCGACUACCGUCGCGUCAUCGAGCAAUUUGACGCCGAUUGGUCGGGCGCAAUUGCGCCGCUGGACGUCAAGGCCGCUCUCAUUGAGCUCGGUCUCAACAUGGUCGAGCACGGGCCCGAGAGUGUCGGGUACCUCGUUCAGCACUUUCGGCAGUCGCAAAGCCAUGCGAACGACGGCGGUGGCAUCAACUACCUUCAUUUGCUCCACGAAGCUCGGCACGACGUCAACCCUUUAUGGCAGCUUGACGAGUCGCUACGGCUUCGCAUUCGACUCAAAGGUGCGCUGACGACCGAGCGCAUGACGCACGACGUGUCGAUCUACGCCGCGAUCGCACCGGCCUUUGCGCACUUUGAUCGCGCCCAGCAAGGGUUUCUCAGUCUCGAAGCGCUCGAACUUGGGUUGCGUGCGCUGCACUAUACUGUGUCGAUCGGAGACGUCCAAGGCCUCUUUGAUGCCAUGUCGAUCUUCAAGACCAACGUCAUCUCGCGUGUCGAGUUUGAUGCGUUUGUGCUGGACCCAUACCGGUUCGAGCUACUCGAGAAAGUCGGCGGCCAGCUCUGGACUUCCCCGACGCGGUUCGCGGCAGUCUCGCAACGGUUAUCGGCAAGCGAUGAGGGCUCUAAUGCGUUGCCGCUGCAGACCUUUUGCAGCGUCUUGGCCGAGCACGGAGUUGCCUUGUCUUCGUCCGAAGUGCGACGUCUCGGACACCUCUUUGACGUCAACCGCGACCGUGCCAUCUCCUACAAGCUCUUUCUCCGAGCAAUGGUCCGUGUCCGCCCGUCCACAAGGAGCGAGUCGGACGAGGACGAGGCGUCAACUGUCGCGGUCGUUCUGCAGCAGCUCCGCACCAAGCCUCGGGACUCUGUCCUGUCGAUCUUUGGCUCGUUGGACCCAGACGCCCACGGCGUGCUGCCUGUCGCUGAUGUCUUUAUCGCGCUCAAGCACCUCGGCAUUGUGCUGACACCGCCGCAGGUCCGGGAGCUCGUGCUGGCGUUUCCCGGCGGCGACCGUAGCAUCCAGUAUGUGGCCAUGCUCCAGGCAGCGCUGCAAGAACCGGUGUCCGAGACGUCCGACAACCCGACGCCAUCGGCGCAAGACGCAGCGCGCCCGAUUGUGGACCAGCUCAAGGCCUUUCUUCGCGACGCCGCGGCCAACGGCGUGAGUCCGACCGAGUGCUUUGCCCACUUUGACACGAAUGGGUCCGGCGACAUUGACGCGCUCGAGUUGCGCAAAGGGCUCGUGAAGCUCGAGUUUCCGCGCGUCACGGACAAUAUUGUCUCUUGGAUCAUGGACACCUUUGGUGUCGACGGCGUGCUCGACUACCGACACUUUGUGUCGCACUUGGUCGGACGCACAAUCGACGUCGUGAUGAGCGAUCUUCGAGCAGCCUUGAAAGAGGCAAAGCUGCAUGCAAAGGACGUCCACCACCUCUUUCUGCGCUACGACGAGUCGUACGGCGGCCACGUGACGCUCGACCAGUUGCACGCGGUCCUAGCCGACUGCCGACUGGAUAUCAACGAGAGCGACCUCCGUCUCCUCGAUGAAGCGUUUGGCGCGGCUGGGCCGAUCAACUACCGGACGGUUUUGGCGCGCCUUUUUGGCAAAUCCUCGACGUGAGGUGUGCCACGUACUCGUUGACGUCAUGUAUGGAAGGACCUUUCUUCGUAUUCAUUUAGUUUAUGGCCCGUUCAAAUCUAGUCGACUCGAAUCUAGUCGACUCGGCUCGAGUUUAGUCGCGCCGAGUGUUUGAGUGGCAUCGUCCUCUCAACGCUGAUGGCUUGUCUGCAACGGUAUAAUAAUAAACCGGCCGGCGCACACGCAAUUUAAUUCGGUUUGCAUCGUGCGUCAAUGGCCAUAAGCUUAAUGUUUGUAUAGAUACCAUGGCAUUGGAAUAAAAAUAAACUCAG